UGGAAGGAUUACUACCAGCAUCCGAGUGGAACUAAAAGAGCUCAUUGCUCUCAGCAUUGGCCGUCAGAGUUAUCAAUAUGGAUUUCGCGAGAAUCCAGGUGCGGAGGUCGGGCGCGUCAUCGCCGAAGAGCUUGGUGUUUCCGACGGCGAUCUUAACUGGACGGGAUUUGAUGAUAGUGCGCCGGUAGGGUUUCCAGGAGGACACGCCUUCGCGUAUGCGACAAUUUCUGAGCUGGGGCGCCUCGUGUUUUCAAAGUUGGUCGCAGACCCCGAGACGGCACAUUUUCUUGAUCAGCAUUGUGUGCCAUCGAGUCGCUUUCUCGCGCUCAUCGCUAAAGAACAC